AUGGCUUCCUACGAAGUUGAGCACCCCACAACUGACGAUAAUAGCUCGUCUACCAAUAACUCCCGGCAAACCAGCUCUCGACGCUCAGCUCGUCCUGACCUGUCUACAUUCUUCGCCACACUCAAUGAAAUCAGUCCUAACCAAGGCAACGAGAGGACACGACCCUAUGCAGUGCCGGUACCAGGCGAUGUAAGCGCUGCAUUUAGGUCUCUUGCAGAGGCAUUCGAUGUUAUGAGACGCAGCGGGGAUAAUGCGCCGCUACCAGUUUAUGACGGGCGAGACCCUGAAAUUCCCGACGCUGGGCAAGGACAAUUGAUAGAAGAAAUGAUCCGGGCCCUACUGCAGGAUGCGGAAGCUCCUCCGAGAGAAGUAGAAGGUGUGUCAGAGGAGUUUUGCGAUAUGCUUGACCGUGUUCCUAAGACGAGGCUAAAAGAGUCCCAAACAUGUCCAAUAUGCAAUAAUCCAUUCCUAGAAGAUUCGCAUCCUCUAGUUGUCAGGCUACCCUGUCAUACAUCGCAUAUGUUUGACUUGGAAUGCGUACGCCCUUGGCUACGGCUUAGAGGAACAUGUCCUCUUGAUAGGACAGAUUUUGGAAAGAAGGAGCGCCAAAAGGAACAAGAGAGGUUGGAAAGACUCAUGAAAAAGUCUGGCGGGGUUGAUGAUGAUGACGAGGAGGGGGAGUGGGAUGGCAUGUAUGCGUAA